UUCGCGGGCCGUGUCCCGAGAGUGAGGCAGGCCCAGCCGCGGUCCCUGCAGCUCAGCUCAGGGACGCCCGAUCCCGGGGAGGAAGGCUCCUUCUCCAGUCGGGAGGGGGGAGGAAACGGCGCACAAAAGCAGCCCGACUGGUUCCUUAUCAGCGUCCAGGGGAAGGGUGGGGAAAGGGGAAACAGAAAUGGGCCAGCGCGGAGCUCCCGCCCGAGCGGCUUUUAAACUGCGUUUCCACAGCCUCUCGCAGGGCGCCGCGGCUAAUGGAACCCGCGCGAGGCGUCGGGCCAAUCAGCGCCGCGCUUCCUCCGGCCGCCGGCCAAUGGCGGCGCGCGUUCUUGGGGCGUGGGCGAAGCAGACUGCUUUCCUUGGCUGUCGUGUGUGGGCUGGGGUUGGUGCGGGCUGCACUUGGUCCGCAGUUCUGCGCCGGGGGCUUUUGUGUCCGCCUUUUGCUUUGCUUUCUGUGCGCGUUUUUGUUUUUUUUGUUUUCUUUCCUCCGCGCGCUGCUCCCCAGCGGAAGCCGUGAGGCUCGGAGGCAACAGCCCUCACCCCAGGCGAGGAGCGAGCGCGCCAGCGUGAGCACCGGAGUGACGGCUGCGGGGAAGGGGGUUCGCCGCGGAGAUGCCAGAGUUCCUGGAAGACCCCUCGGUCCUGACGAAGGAGAAGUUGAAGAGUGAGUUGGUGGCCAACAAUGUGACACUCCCGGCGGGGGAGCAGCGCAAAGACGUGUACGUGCAGCUCUACCUGCAGCACCUCACGUUUAUUUUAGAUAUUUGGGAGAAAAAUAUAACAAGACUCUUGCUUUCUGCUAUGUUAAUAAAUGCUGCAUCCCAAAAUCACCUGAUACUCAUUGAAAUACAGAUUCUCAGGCCCAAGAUUAGGACUCAUACUGGGAAAGCGACAAAGAAAACUGAUAAACCCAGACUAGAAGAUAAAGAUGACUUAGAUGUAACUGAACUCACUAAUGAAGAUCUUCUGGAUCAGCUUGUGAAGUAUGGGGUGAAUCCUGGCCCUAUUGUGGGAACAACCAGGAAGCUAUAUGAGAAAAAGCUGUUGAAACUGAGGGAACAAGGAACAGACUCAAGAUCUUCUACUCCUUUCCCAACAAUUUCUUCUUCAGAAAAUACAAGACAGAAUGGAAGUAAUGAUUCUGACAGAUACAGUGACAAUGAAGAAGGAAAGAAGAAAGAACACAAGAAAGUGAAGUCCACUAGGGAUUUUGUUCCUUUUUCUGAACUUCCAACUACUCCCUCUGGUGGAUUUUUUCAGGGUAUUUCUUUUCCUGAAAUCUCCCCCCGUCCUCCUUUGGGCAGGACUGAACUACAGGCAGCUAAGAAAGUGCAUUCUUCUAAGGGAGACCCACCUAGGGAACCUCUUAUUGCCACAACCUUGCCUGGCAGGGAACAGUUGCACAAGUUAGCCUCUGGAGGGAAUUUGUUUAUUUCCUCCAGUUCUAGCCAUGAUAGACGUUUAGAGAAAAGUUCUUCGACAUCUUCUCAGCAUGAACUCGCUGCCAUGUUGGUCUCUGCUGCAGCUUCUCCUUCACUGAGUAAAGAAACCACCACUACUUGCUAUAAAGACAUAGGAAAUAUUUACUGUGGAGAGAAAAGUGGAAUUCAACCAUUUUGUACUGAGAGGUCCCAUGGUUCAAGUCAGUCGAUUCUGUCCAGUAAAAGGAAAACACUAGAAGAGUCUGAGAGAUCACAAGUAAUUUCUCCACCACUUGCUCAGGCAAUCAGAGAUUAUGUCGAUUCUCUGUUGGUCCAGAGUGGGGUUGGUAGUUUGCCUGGAACUUCUAACACUACACCCUCACUGGAUAUAGAAAACAUAUGGAAGAGAAUUGAUCCAUCUAAUUUUCAAGAAACUGAAUCUCUGUCUCCUCCACGAAAAUUGCCUAGACUGAGUAAAAGGUUAGGAGAGGAAAAGGAUUCAGGUUCCUUUGUGGAAUUUCAAAAUAUACGUGGAUCUGAAUCCAUGUCUUCUUUUGCUACAACUGUUGUCUCUCGCUCACUUGCUACCUUAGGCAUAGAGACGUCUAAGCAAUCACAGCAUGAUAAAGUAGAUGCCUCAGAACUAUCUUUUCCUUUCCACGAAUCUAUUCUAAAAGUAAUUGAAGAGGAGUGGCAGCAAAUUGACAGGCAGCUGCCUUCAUUGGCAUGCAAGUAUCCAAUAUCUUCAAAAGAGGCAACACAGAUAUUAUCAGUUCCAAAAGUAGAUGAUGAAAUCCUGGAGUUUAUUUCUGAAACCACUCCACCAGCAGGUAUUCAGGUAGCUUCAACUGAUAAACAGUUGGACUCAGCACUUUGUAGAGCAUAUGAAGCUGCAGCAUCAGCAUUGCAGGUUGCAACCCAUACUGCCUUUGUAGUUCGGGCUAUGCAGGCUGACAUUAGUCAGGCUGCACAAAUUCUUAGCUCAGAUCCUAGUGAUAGCCACCAGGCACUUGGGAUUCUGAGCAAAACAUAUGAUGCAGCCUCAUUUCUUUGUGAAGCUGCAUUUGAUGAAGUAAAGAUGGCUGCCCAUACCAUGGGAUCUUCCACUUUAGGUCGCCGUUACCUCUGGUUGAAGGAUUGCAAAAUUAAUCCAGCUUCUAAGAAUAAGCUGGCUGUUACUCCCUUUAAAGGUGGAACAUUAUUUGGAGGAGAAGUAUACAAAGUAAUAAAAAAGCGUGGAAAUAAACACUAAUCAAGUUAAAAAUAAAGAUGCCCAUCUUAUCUUUGAUAUAGGGAACUUAGCAGAUUUUCUAGGAAUUUUAAGUACUUUUAAAUCAAAAAAUUUUUAAGGU